UGGAGGCUGCCGCGCCGCGAGCGCCACAAUCGCUAUCGCAGCCAGGCACUUUAAAGAAAUUUGUGGACGGCAGUGACAGUCUGACUGGCAGGAGAACUGACAACAGGCAUCGUCAUGACACUCUCUAAUUUUGAGAUGGAGGUUGAUGAUCGGCCCUCUCGGGGGGAGGGGUUUCGUCCUUAUUACGUUACGAAAAUAGAGGAGCUGCAGCUUAUUGUAGCUGACAAGAGCCAAAAUCUGCGUCGUCUUCAAGCGCAGCGAAAUGAACUUAAUGCCAAAGUGCGCAUGCUCCGUGAAGAACUUCAACUGCUUCAAGAGCAGGGCUCAUAUGUCGGUGAAGUUGUAAAACCUAUGGACAAAAAGAAAGUUUUGGUCAAGGUCCACCCUGAGGGAAAAUUUGUAGUUGAUUUGGACAAGAACAUAGACAUCAAUGAUGUAACUCCUAACUCACGAGUUGCCCUGCGAAAUGAAAGUUAUACUCUCCACAAAAUACUUCCUAAUAAGGUGGAUCCUCUUGUGUCUUUGAUGAUGGUAGAGAAAGUUCCGGACUCCACUUAUGAGAUGGUUGGUGGUCUGGACAAGCAGAUCAAAGAGAUUAAAGAAGUAAUUGAAUUGCCUGUCAAGCACCCUGAACUCUUUGAUGCCCUUGGUAUUGCCCAACCAAAAGGAGUUCUUCUGUACGGUCCUCCUGGCACAGGCAAAACGCUGUUGGCACGUGCAGUUGCCCACCACACUGAAUGUACCUUUAUUCGUGUGUCCGGCUCUGAGCUGGUACAAAAAUUUAUUGGUGAGGGUUCUAGAAUGGUCAGAGAACUCUUCGUAAUGGCAAGGGAACAUGCACCUUCCAUUAUUUUUAUGGAUGAAAUUGACUCCAUUGGUUCAUCUCGUAUUGAGUCAGGAAGUGGUGGAGACUCAGAAGUCCAGCGUACUAUGCUUGAACUUUUAAACCAGUUGGAUGGUUUUGAGGCUACCAAAAAUAUUAAGGUUAUUAUGGCCACUAAUCGAAUUGACAUCCUUGACCAAGCUCUGUUGCGACCUGGGCGUAUUGACCGCAAAAUUGAGUUCCCUCCACCAAAUGAGGAGGCACGUCUUGACAUCUUGCGCAUUCACUCAAGAAAAAUGAACCUCACAAGAGGCAUCAAUCUCCGUAAGAUUGCUGAACUUAUGCCUGGAGCAUCUGGUGCUGAAGUAAAGGGUGUGUGUACUGAAGCGGGAAUGUACGCUUUGAGAGAAAGGAGAGUUCAUGUUACUCAAGAAGAUUUUGAAAUGGCCGUAGCCAAAGUUAUGCAGAAAGAUUCGGAGAAGAAUAUGUCCAUCAAAAAAUUGUGGAAGUAAAUAUUAUUUACAAUGUCUCAGCUAUCAAAGUCCCAGCAAAAUAUUGUACAGAAAUUUUCAACCUGUUGUAACAGUUCAUUGUAUAAAUACUUACCUCUCACUCUA